CACACUAAAAAGCGCAAGCAAGCAGUGAUUUCCUAGCAGCGUGGAACGACGCCAACGUUAGACCAGAUUCAUUCUAUCGUCACAAUGGAUCCACGAUUGAACGUUAUCGAGGCAGCGCAGCAACGGAACGCGGUUUACGCGUACUGCGCUGGUCUUUUGGCCAUCAAAAUGUUCAUUGUUGCCUUUUCUACCGGAUUUGUUCGCAUGAAGAAGAAGGUCACUGUAAAUGAAGAAGAUGCCAAAAGAAACAUGACUCUAAAUACCGAAGAGGACCCUGCUGUCGCUAGAGUCAAAAGGGCUCACUUGAACGAUUUGGAGAACAUUCCAAUGUUCCUGAUCAUUUCUCUAAUGUGGAUCAGCACAUCGCCGGACAUAGUUGAGUGCCACGUUUUGAUGUGGCUUUACACCUUCGUCAGAUACGUCCACACCGCCGUGUACGCAUACUAUCCUGUGCCCCAACCUGCGAGAGGAAUAUGUUUCAUUGUCGGAACCCUGAUCACACUCUACAUGGUCGUCAGGAACUUCAUUUAUUAUGCUGACUUCUUCAGAACAGUUUAAAGUCUAUUAAUUUCCUCUUGGUUUUGGUUAAAAGUGGAUCAAACCACAUAGUCGCAUCGAUCCACAUCAGAGUGUUUAUCUCUCCUUUCGUUAGAUAAGAAUCAAAAAAUAGUGUCAUAAAUUAACCUUCUUCAUAAAUUCAUUCUGUAAUUAUUCGUUGUAAUAAAAUUGCAUAAAUUUUCAAUUCAAAAA